UGGAGACUUCAACCAAAAUGUUUCUCGCAGCUCGGCAGCAGAUUCCAGGAUCUUUAAACUCAGACACGGCCCAGCUGCUGGUCAUCGUUUCUGACGGCAGGGGGCUCUUCCUGGAGGGGAAGGAGCGGGUGACGGCAGCAGUGCGAGCAGCUCGCGGCGCAAAUGUGUUUGUCAUCUUCGUGGUGCUCGACAACCCCAACUCACGGGACUCCAUCCUCGACAUCAAGGUCCCCAUAUUCAAAGGACCGGGAGAACUCCCAGAGAUCCGCUCCUACAUGGACGAGUUCCCCUUCCCCUUCUACGUCAUCCUGCGAGACGUCAACGCCCUUCCAGAGACGUUGAGCGACGCUCUCAGGCAGUGGUUUGAACUCGUCACGGCAGCCGACCAAUGAGAAGCCCUCUUUCUCACAAAGGGAGAAGUGUGCGGCGUCCGACUGCACCAAAAUGCACCACUCUGCUGCUAAGCUUCUCAGUCAGAACUGUAAAACAACCAACCAGAAGACGGAUUUACCGCUGUACAUGUGCCUUUAUUUUCUUAUUUUUACUGUAGAUUUUAGUAGAGUUUAAUAGCAACCUUUGCUGUUUUAUCUUUGUCAUCAGAAGAAUCGUGUUUCUUUUGUAACGUAACGAGGAUUGCUUUAACUUGCACGUCUCCGAUGAAAUGAUAGAAGUAAAAACUUGUGAAUUCAUUGCGUGUGAACCACCUCAGUGAAGAGUCAGUAAAUACCUCUGUCCACCUUGUACAAUCCCCCCCAAACCGUUUGUGUGGAUGUGACAGUCGGUGCUGCAGAGAUCAUCCGAACCAUACAUGUGAAGCGUGAACACGGCAGCUGUACAGAGCUGUGCUUUGUGAAAACGGACGUCACGGCCUGCAGUAGCAUGUUGUCGCGGCCGUGACCGACGCUCGGAGGAACUCAAAAAUGUGCCUUGGGGAGGAGAACGGUGUUGCAUCUCUCUCCACAGCUGGAUCAGCUGCUGGUUGACGGGUCAGAGGCACGGCCACAGCUCUGUCACAGGUUUUUAUAGAAACUCAAAUCUCAUACACUUUAAAGCACAACCGCGGUUCCGCAGAUGCCAGUUUUAAACGAAUGCCCCAGUAUGAACCAGUUUUUGUGGUUUGAAGACGACAUAUCUGCCGCGUUGGUCUCAACAACUGCUGAACGAACAGCUCAUCACCGUGUCUGUUAGGAGUAGAUGGAAUGUUUAUCAUCACCUCUGUGUUUCGUAGCAUAAACGUACGUGUCAGCAGACUCUGGCCAUAUUUAAGAGCAUCCAUCUGUUAAAUCAUGACACGAAUGAUCCUGACAAUAAACAGUUUAAAAA